UGUGUCAUUCUAGAUGGGCUGCAGUGAAUAGUCACCGGGCGAGAGAGAGAGAAAAAAAAACAGAUUGUUUAGAUUGUGGCUUUCAGCGUGAACAUCAGAUGAGCAGGCAACCAAUGAAACUGGAAAGGCUAGGUGGCAUCCAUUCCCUCCCAGCCAAUUGCAACCAUUUAAACGACGUACCAAAAAACGGCCAGCGACUUAGGUAAGCAGGCUCACUGAAAGCCCAUUGUCUUCAUCUGGUCCCUCCGGACGUGCCGAGCUUGAUGAAUUGUUGACUGGAAAUAGUCCGACACUAAAGGCGAUCGAAGAAGACCCGUUGUGAAAAUAUGACUGCUACCGAGAGGAAUUCUGUCCAAACAAGGCAACGAAACGCCGAGGAAAUGGCCGAAGCACCGCUGGUGGAUGAUGCUCUUGAUGAAUCUUACAAGGAGAAAGAGAAUCCGAGUUAUCCAAAGCAGAUAGUGUGGAGAAACGUUAUUCUGAUGACGUUACUUCACAUCGGAGCUGUUUAUGGGCUGAUCACCAUCACCUCCGCAUCUGCUUUAACCUUGCUGUGGUCAAGUGUGUGUUUCAUGAUGAGUGCUCUGGGGAUAACAGCAGGGGCUCAUCGACUCUGGAGCCACAGGUCCUACAAAGCUAAACUGCCGCUAAGAAUCUUCCUAGCCUUUGCAAACUCCAUGGCUUUUCAGAAUGAUAUCUAUGAGUGGGCUAGAGACCACCGCGCCCACCAUAAGUUUUCUGAGACCAAUGCAGACCCACACAAUGCUGCAAGAGGAUUCUUCUUUGCUCACAUUGGUUGGUUGCUGGUUCGUAAGCACCCAGAUGUGAUUGAGAAAGGAAGGAAGCUGGACCUCAGUGACCUCAAGGCAGACAGCGUUGUCAUGUUCCAGAGAAGGCACUAUAAGAUGUCUGUAGUGGUGAUGUGCUUCCUCGUCCCCACCUUGGUGCCCUGGUGCUUCUGGGGGGAGAGUUUGUGGGUGGCUUACUUUAUCCCGGGCCUGCUGAGAUACACACUGGUCCUUAACGCCACCUGGCUGGUGAACAGUGCUGCCCACAUGUGGGGUAUGAGGCCCUACGACAGCAACAUUAACCCCAGAGAGAACAAAUUUGUUGCCUUCAGUGCUGUAGGAGAAGGCUUCCACAACUACCACCACACAUUUCCUUAUGACUACGCGGCUAGCGAGUAUGGCAGUCGGCUGAACAUCACAAAGUCAUUUAUUGAUCUUAUGUGUUACUUUGGCCUGGCUCAGGACUGCAAGAAGGUGUCUCAUGACACAGUCAUGGCCAGGAUACAGCGCACUGGUGAUGGCAGUUACAAAAGUGGCUAAGUUAUUUAUGCUACUUCAGAAGCCAGAACAUGUGAUGAGA